AUGGAAAUUGAUGAAGAAUAUCCAUUGCACUAUUGCGUAUUUCACGGGUUAUCAGAGUUUGAGCACCUGGUUAGUAAUGCAACUGCUGGUCAGUUAAAUAAGACGGAUCCCUAUGGUAUGAUUUCUGUUAAAUUAGAAUGUCUGGAUCUUUUGCUCUCGAAGAACUGUGCCUUAGAUAUCCGUAAUUCGUCAGGUUGGCGACCCAUAGAUGAAAUAGUGGCUACUGGCAAUGAACCACUGGUUCCAUUUCUAUCUCGUCAUUUGCCUUCGGAUAACUGCAGAUUAUUCAAAAAGGGUAAUCUCGUUAGCGACGUUUUCGCUUUUUACAGACUUGAUACGACUCUUCUUGAUUUUAAAAAUCGUGAUUGGGUCCGCGGCCAAUUGAGCAUAAUCGUGGACGGAAACAAACCGUUUGAAUCCCGCAUCUGUCUCAUAGAUUAUGAUCACCGAAGCUAUCAAAUUCUCGACGGAACGAUGACUCGCGAGAACAGCAACGAAUGGCUAAACGAGACUGUUCAAAGCGCCCUUCACAUGCCACUCAUUCGAAUGCACAUGGACUUCACCCGACUCUCCUGUAAGAGGGAGGCUUCAAAAUUACUGUGGAAAAAGGAUAAUGCCGCAGAAAGAAUUGGUCUCUACAACACUCAGAAUUACUCCAUUAGUCACGUCAAAAUCUCGGUAAAGAAGCGGUCCGAACACCUAACCAAAGAGGAUGUACACUUUCUCACUACCCUCAAUUCACACAUUAAACAAGGAACUGUAAACAGUGCUGUCAAGUUAGUUCAAGACCGCGCCACUGCGGUUAGUGGCGAAAUAACAGACAGGAAUGCGAAGCUACCGCGCUUAGCACCUCGUGUUACGUGGAGAGCUUAUCGAAGUUGGAAUCUUGAAGGAACUGACCUUUACAUUGGCCGAAAACCAGCUCUCAAGCUACAAACCAAUGAAAUAAAACUCAACGUUGCCAUGACAAAAGAUAUUGACUUCAAAAUUACUUACCUCUUGGAUAUGUUCAAAUGUUUUUCGCCUCUCCGAAAGUUUACGAAGCUAAACGAGACCAUUCUUUCCUCUCUUCCACCGGGCUUUCCUGUGCGAGUUGGUAUGUGUACUUAUAUAUGCGAAGUAGAGAGCAUAUUCGGGUUUUUAAUGUGCUGCCUUUUGCAUUCAUAUUGA